AGUUAAACCCUAGUCCCUGUUUCCCCAGCGUUUACCACCCGUUGGCUUUGUGCAGUGGGUGCCAUAGCAUAAAUCAUGGUCAUUCCUGAGGUGCUUUUCUGCGGCAAGUCUGAAAUCCCCAUUUUGGUUCACUGGCUCGACUGGUGAGCUAAAUUAUUUUCAUAGCCCCUUAAGGGCAUAUUGUCAGCCCAGACUUAUUGCCGUUAUACACCAUAUCUGAAACAUUAAUAUCUCUUCUAAAUAUAGUGUAUUGACAAGGUAUCUGGUAUAGUGUAAAUCCUUGGGACAUUUGAUCCAGAUCAUUAAAACUGAGUGAAGGAAGGGAGGAAUAGAUCAAGUUGCCUUGCCGCUCUUAAUUCAAACAAGCGAUGAAUUAUUCAUUCCAUUAUUAAUUCUACAGGCCUCCUGCUUUUUUAUUUAGUUACUUAGUUAUUUAUUUCCCUCCCACAUAGACAGCUCCAAAAGGAUGCUCGCGUGCUGCUGAGGGGAGAUAUACCUGCUGGAGGAUGGGCUGCAUGGGGGCAGGCUGCCUGGCAGCAUUGGCUCUGCUGUGUGGGGCUCUCGGGGAUGCUCCAGGCAGAGGCAUCAAAUGUGGGGGGGUGCUUUCGGCACCCUCUGGCAAUUUCUCCAGCCCCAACUUCCCAGGGCUGUACCCCUACGAGACGGAGUGCACGUGGCUGAUCGUGGUGGCCGAGGGCUCCUCCGUCCUGCUCUCCUUCAGCCACUUCGAGCUCGAGUACCACACUACGUGCGCCUACGACUACCUCCAGGUCUACAACGGGGCUGCUCGGGACCAGGGCAACCUCCUGGGCACCUUCUGUGGCCACAGCCCCCCGCCAGCCUUCUCCUCCGCAUGGCACGUUAUGGCUGUUGUCUUCCGCUCCGACCGCCACGUGGCCAAGCACGGCUUCUCUGCUGCCUACAGGAAAGACGCCUGCGGUGGGCAGCUGACAGGGCUGUCAGGGGAGAUCACCAGCCCUCGCUACCCCGAGAGCUACCCCAAUGAUGCCGAGUGCCGCUGGAGCAUCGGGGCACCCGACGGUGGAACACCCCUCACCCUGGUGUUCAUGGACUUCCAGGUGGAGGGGGGCCAGGGCUGUGGCUUUGACUACGUGGCUGUAUUUGAUGGCCCCACGGCCGCUGCCCCCCGCCUGGGACGCUACUGCGGCAGCGCCCGCCCGCCCCGCACUGUGUCCUCCAGCCCGCACCUCCUCAUCCUCUUCAAGUCAGACUUCAACAUCGGCGGCAGGGGCUUCAAGGCCCAUUUCUACUCAGGCGAGUGCCAGGAGGUGUUCACUGCCAUCAAAGGGAACUUCUCCAGCCCUCGGUACCCCAACUUCUAUCCCAACAACCUCAAGUGCCAGUGGAGCAUCCAGCUGCCCCCGGGCUACCGGGUCAGGAUCUUCUUCCUGGACAUGGACCUGGAGGGCCGGAGCAGCCUGACGGGCAGCUGUGACUAUGACCAUGUGGCUGCCUUUGAUGGUGGUGCAGAGAACGGGUCCCUGCUGGGGCAGUGGUGCGGGCAGGAGAGCCCGGCGCCCGUCACCUCCCACAGCAACCGGGUGCUGCUGGUGCUCCACACCGACCGCAACACGGCCAGGAGGGGCUUCUCCAUCGCCUAUGUGGGAGUUGUGCCCAUGAACGUCAGCUGCACCCGGACCGAUUUCCACAUCCAGAUCCCAGUGCAAUCCCUGGCCCAGCUGGAGAGGAACAGGAUUUACUUGGGGAUCCCGUCCUGUGUAGCCCAAGUGGUUGGCAGGAACUUCAAGAUACACACCAGGUUCGACACCUGCGGCACCGAAUCCCAGAAACGCAACAACACAUCCGUCAUCAUCAGCACCCUCUACAUCGACUUCUCCACGGGUGACCAGGAGGACAUCCACCGGUACGAGGUGCAGUGUGAGCCCAAGAGGAAGGAAGCCUCCGUCACCCUCAUCACUGGCUCCGACCCAUCCAGGCUCAGCCAGGCAGAAAACCUGGUGGAUGCCCAGCAGCGGGAGGGGGAAGCGAUGGAUACCCGUGAGAUCAAGAGCCAGGACACCAGUGACAUCGUCUUCAUCAGCAUCUGCAUCCUGGCCGGGCUGCUCAUGGUCAUCGCGGUGGUGGGGCUGGUGCUCCUGUAGGAUGCACCCCAGGCAAUCCCAGCCCUGCACAGGGUGGAAGUGCACCCCAAAACCCAUCCUCACCCCAGGCUGAGCACUACCACAGAUGCUGAAACAGAGACACAGCUCUGAAAGAGCCUGAACCCAACCUCCACCUCCCCACAGCGCCUGAAUAAUCCAGGCAACAGGGAGCCGUUUCGCUUCCCGAUUUGUUUUCCUCUGUCUCAAUCUGUCCAUUUGGCUCGGGAAUGCAAUUCUUGCACUUCCUAACUCUUCCCGCACCUGCUUCAGUUCAUUUUCCCUCUGGUGCUGCUGCUGCUUUCGGGAAAGUAACGUUGUUUGCUGAUGGCUGGGAGUCAUCCUGUCAGUUAUUGCUAGCUGGGUUCUUGCAGGUCCAAACCAUCCCCAGGUACAGUGGUGUUCCCAACAAACAUUAUCCAUGCUCCCACCCAUGCUCAGGGGGUACCGUGGAGCUGUGUUGUGGGUAUCUCCACUUGGCACAUGCCGAUGCAGCUCAUGGAGAUGCUCCCGGGCUGUGUUUCUGGAUGGCUGGGUGAUGGGAUGAGGUGCAUUCACCAUGCCCCGGAGCUCCUGUUUUGAUCUUCAGAUGUCAUCUAACCCAGUACUUGCUCUCAGGACUCUCCUGAGCGCUUCAGCAGCUGGAGGGAAGGAGAAGGAUCUGUCUUUUGCUCUGUGUUUUCCUCCUUUCCAGCGCAUCCAGGCACCCACCACUGUGAGCUCUGCGCCAGCAUCGCUCCUGGAGCCUGAAGGAGAGCUGGGGAGACACUGGAGCAUGGCAG